AACAGUUGAUCUUUGUCUGGCAGCGUGGUCGUGACAUCGUCGUGUAGCGCGGGUACGAUCGAUUCUUGGUGUGUUCCGCUCCGGUUGCGUCGGAGUUCAGUUUGCGCCGAUCGCGCCGACCGCACACGCACAAGUGUGAAGCGCAGUGCUACCGAGAACGAAACCGUGAGAAGCGACGACUCGUCUCGAAAUCUUACCCCAAAACGUGGAAGGUGUCCCGUGUCGGGUGUCGGGUGUUCUUGGCCGGGUCUCCGGUGGUUAUCUGAAUGACAUAUGGUUCCUGUGAUAAGAUUAAACUGAAAGUGGUUCAGCCGCCGGGCUGUAUAGCAGUGAAGUGCUUGUUUUCGUUUUCGGGGCUUUACGAUACUUGGGAGUGAUCCAAAAGACCAAAGUCAUCGGAUGAGAUAAAGCUCGAAAAGGGAGAAAAAAGAUCUGUGGCAUCGAAAUUGUCGUCUAAUUUAGGGAACACCCGCUGUUUGGUGUCGUUUUCCCCGUACCCCGGAGGAGAGAUUUAACGCCCGGAACCAAGUUUAACAGGACGCACCAAUUUGCCGGAGGAGAACACAAAUCACACCAUCGAACGCACCGGCCAACCAUCCCAAAAGCAACGAUGCUGGUCGCGUUGAGCUUGAAGCAGAAAUUUCUGACACUAUGCGGCAUCACAGCUGCGGCCGUGGCCGCGUCAUUAGUGAUCGGACAAAGAUUGAUACCGCAGUCGAUACUGACCGGUAUCGUUUUUUACCUCAUUUCCGGCGAUCGGCCCUCGACCGUGUACGCGAGCAUCGUGUCACUGCCGCGGGACCUACGAACUGCAGUUAUCUUCCUGAAGCUUAACCUUAGCCUUUACCGAUACGAGCGGGCCGGUGCGACGGUAAUACAAAUCUUCGAGCGCGUUGUCGCACGCCACCCGAACAAGGUAGCGUUCCUGAUGGACGAUGGGCAGCUCACGUUCCGCCAGGUGAAGCAGCUGGCCGACCGCAUAGCGGCCCACUUUUACGCGAAGGGCUUCCGGAAGGGCGACACGAUAGCGCUGCUGAUGGAGACCCGGCUCGAGUAUCCGUGCAUCUGGCUCGGUCUGUCGAAGGUCGGCAUCGUGACGGCGCUGAUCAAUUCGAACCUGCGGAAGGAAACGCUGCGUCACUCGAUAACGGUGGCUAAUUCGAAGGCAAUCAUCGUCAGCCAGGAGCUGGCCGGAGCGAUCGCCGAAAUAAACGAGCAGGAAGGCAUAAAAGGCUUACCGGUACAUCUAUUCCGCACGGACGGUGCCGACACCACCAGCAGCAGCAGUGACCCAUUGCCAGAUGCCGAAGAUUUAAGGCUCAGCGUGGAUAGUGGCAGCAGUAGCUCAAACGUAGAUUUAAGCGGUAUCCCGAAUGAUAUAUCACCGAAAGAUAAAUUGGUUUACAUCUAUACGUCCGGCACGACCGGCAUGCCGAAGGCGGCCGUCAUCACGAACCUGAGGUACACGUUCAUGGCCUUGGGAUGCUAUUACAUGCUGAGCUUCCGCGAUGACGACAUCAUUUAUAAUUCAUUGCCACUGUACCAUUCGGCCGGCGGUAUGAUCGGCGUUGGCAGUGUGCUGCUGUGCGGUGUGACAGCCGCCUUGAGGAAGAAGUUCUCAGCCUCCAACUUCUGGACGGACUGUAUCCGGUACAAGUGCACGGUGGCACAAUAUAUUGGGGAAAUAUGUCGCUUCCUACUGAUGACACCACCGAAACCGACGGACACACAGCACAGCGUGCGGCUCAUGUUUGGAAACGGUUUGCGACCGCAGAUUUGGCCCCAGUUUGUGUCACGGUUUAAUAUCAAGCAGAUCGGAGAGUUUUAUGGUUCAACGGAAGGCAACUCGAAUUUAUUGAACAUCGACAACACAAUGGGAGCCGUUGGUUUCGUUCCCAACUUUGCCAAAGCCAUCUAUCCGGUUACGUUGAUAAGGUGCGAUGAAGAGACAGGUGAAAUCAUCCGAGGGUCGGAUGGCUUCUGCAUCAAGUGUAAGCCGGGCGAGCCGGGUGUGUUUGUCGGCAAGAUCAACCCGAAGAAGGCACUGAACUCGUUCGUUGGCUACGCGGACAAGGCGGCCUCGGAGAAGAAGGUGCUGCACGACGUGUUCCGCAAAGGGGACAUUUUCUUCAACUCGGGUGACAUUUUGGUGCAGGAUUUGCUCGGAAACUAUUACUUCAAGGAUCGGACGGGUGAUACAUUCAGAUGGCGCGGCGAGAACGUGGCUACAUCCGAAGUGGAAGGAGUCAUCACAACGAUCGUGGGUUUGAAAGAUUGUGCCGUUUACGGUGUUGAUAUCCCCGAAACGGAAGGUAAGGCCGGUAUGGCCGCGAUCGUCGACCCCGACAAUAAGGUUGAUAUGGAGCAGCUCGCAGCCGGAAUCCGUGCCAGUCUACCGGCGUACGCCAGACCCCUGUUCAUACGUGUCCUCUCCGAGGUGCCGAUGACGACAACGUUCAAGCUAAAGAAGCGAGACCUGCAGGUGGACGGGUACGAUCUGAACAAAGUUAAGGAUCCAAUCUAUUUCCUUCAAAGCAACGGUACCUAUCGAUUGUUUACCGCCGAAGAUCACGAAACCAUCAAGAGUGGCAAAGCGCGGCUAUGAGCGAGUGCGAGGAGAUUGAUUGUGCUUUAAAAGAUCUUUUAGCUGCAAGAUGGGAAGGCACAGCGGAUCAGCCAUCGGCAAUCCUUUCCAGCUCCAUUUUCAUUUCAGAUCUUCUUCUUGUUGGUUUUUUUUCUUUUGUAUUGUUUGUAAUAAUUGUGUCAUGUACGUCAUCAUCUCCCAAAGACCCCAAAUAAGGAAGAAACAAUUGACUGAAAAUUAUGCUGCGGGAAAUACUGUAUUACGUGAACACGUUCUCACAAUCUCGAUUGGAGGUAGCGAUCUGUGUACGAUAAGAAGGUUUAUGCAUUUUGUAAUUUUGCGCUCUCGACUCUAGUGACUGCUAAGAAAUCUUAAUCAGUAGCAAUAAAUUAGGUUUCUAUAUCACUAUAUCGAA